AUGGAUUCUCCCGACCCGUUACUAAGUGAGCUGUGCUCAAUAUGCCACGUCAACCCCCCGAAAUACCGCUGUCCGCGCUGUUCAACCCGCACCUGCUCUUUACCCUGCACAAGACGCCACAAACUCUGGUCCCAAUGUUCCGGUGUCCGCGACCCAGCCGCAUACCUUAAGCGAAACGAGUUAACCACCGAGACGGCCUUCGAUCGCGAUUUCAACUUCAUAACGGGUAUUGAGCGCUCAAUGGAGCGCGCUGAUCGCGACGCCGAGAAUCGGGGAAUUGAUCUUGCGCGUGGAACAGGAACUGCUCAGAAUGCUGAAGAGGAUACGGCGGGUCCUUCAACGGGUCAGAAGAGGAAACAUCCGCAACAGGGCCUUGUGAAGGGGGAAGCGAGCUUUUUGCGCGGUGCGGAGGCUGGUCUGGUCAAUGUUAUUCGGGCGCCGAGGGGAAUGACGAGGAAUAAGUUGAAUAAUUCACGGUGGCAUCCUAAGCAUAAGUGUCUUAGUUGGUCUGUUGAGUGGAUUUCUAAGGACGGGGAGAAGAUUCUUCGGAAUUGUUUGGAGAACUGCUCCAUUGCUGAGUCUUACGAUCGGGGAUUCCCGCCACCGAAGCAGGAGAAGAUCGUUCGUGAACAACCAAGUGAGAGACAGAAUGAACAAGAGGGUGGUUUGACACAGGAAGAGCAGCAGGCUGAGCCUGGUACCGGUACCGGCACCGUGGCGACUGGUGAUGUUGAGUCUACGAAUACGCAACCUGAGAAGUCGAGUGCUGGUGCUGUGGAGGUAUCGACAAAUGCAUCGGAGGAGAAAGAGAAGGUAUUACCUAUUGGCCCACAUCGUAAUCUAUACUUCUACCUCCACCGCCCACGAACAACAGUCAAAAAACCAGUUCUAGUGCCGCUUGCGCCGCGGGCUAUGGUCGCCGCUGCACUUCGUGAGCGGACGGUUCUCGAAUUUCCCACUAUAUAUACUCUGCUUGAGUCUCCGGAUGAAUUACUCAAGGAGAGAGAGACAUCUCCGUUCAUGCUUGAAGAAGAUUAUAUUCGUUCUGUUGGACCUGAAGAUGCGGCUGAGAAGUCUGCGAAAGCCGAUGAGGAUGAGGUUGAUUCCCAGGAGUUACCUGGCCCCUCAGUUGAUUUGCAGAAUCUGGAUGAGCAGAAGGUGCUGGAGGUUCUGAAACAGGAUCUGUUCGAGCCAGAAUCCUGA